CCAUCAUGGAUCGUAGUUGAUUGGAAAUUACGAUUAAGUGGUCACGUUUAUAUUAUUAGUUUUAAUUAAGAAUACUUUUUAUAAUAAGAAACAAAUCAAAGACUAAAUACGCUUUGAUUUGUCUAUUUACAUCAAUACAUAUUGAUGUAUAUAAAUAGUAAAUUGUUAAAGCCAUGACUGUGAGAGAGUGUUAUUGUGUUGAACUGUCGCCCAGCAAAAAAUCGAUUUACGGAUUGAAAAUGAAGCAAAUAUUGUUAAUACUGGUAUUUACCAGUAUAAUGAUUAGUUCUUGUGUUGCUGAUUUGGAACUAUCAUGCACAAACGUGCGAAAUAUGUUUGAAAAGAAAGGAAUGUUGUCGGCGGUGGACAUACAGGAGCAGCCUAACUCGGAUGCGAACGGGCUAUGCGGGACGCAGGGGUGCUGCGGCGCGGCGGCGCGCGCGCCGCUCACGCAGCAGGCGCGCCGGCAGCUCGAGGACGCGCUGCGCGGCGAGCUCAACAAGCUGGCGGACGUGCUCACCAACAGGGCCAAGCGGUUUGACGAGUUCUUCCGGAAGCUGCUGCAGAUCUCUCGCGAGGGCUUCCACGCCAUGUUCAAGCGCACCUACGGCAUGAUCUACGAGCAGCACGCGUACGUGUUCGAGCAGCUCUUCGAACAGCUCGAACGGUACUACACUCUCGGCGACACCAACUUCGAGCACAUGAUGGAUCAUUUCUUUGGCAUACUUUACCAGAAGAUGUUCAGCGUGCUUAAUGCUCAAUACAGUUUCGAUGAAAAGUACUUGAAGUGCGUGAACGAGCACAUGCGCGAGAUCCAGCCGUUCGAGGACGUGCCGCACAAGCUGUCGGUGCAGCUGCGGCGCGCGUUCGUGGCCACGCGCACCUUCCACAAGGCGCUGCGCGCCGGCGCCGACGUCGUGCGCAACAUGAUGCAGGUGGGCGUGGGCGAGGAGUGUGCGGCGGCGUGGGCGCGGCUGCGCUGGUGCGGCGCGUGCGGCGCGGUGGCGGCGCCCGCCUGCAGCCGCUACUGCCACAACGUGCUGCGCGGCUGCCUGCCCGCGCACGCCGACCUCGCCGACAACUGGGACGCCUACGUCGACGCCGUGGAAAAGGUAGCCGAUCGACUUCUUGGUCCAUUCAAUAUCGCAAUGGUGGUAGAACCGAUCGACAUAAAGAUAUCAGAGGCCAUCAUGAGCUUUCAAGAGCACAAUCAAGAGAUCUCCCAGAAGAUCUUCGCCGGGUGCGGCAAGCCGGUGCUGGGCGGCGGCGGCGGCAGCGGCGCCUUCUUCGCGCCCGAGCGCAGCCGCCGCUCGCCGCGCGCGCUGCCGCCCCCGGCCCGCCCCCGCGUCGCCGCUAAUGACGUAGACGACUUCGAGAUCGAAGCGUCCUUCGAGAGUCUAGUCAACGACGAUCCUUCCCUCCUCAGCCUGAGGACACCGGAAGGUAUCAAAAAGAUAACGGACGAGAUGGCCGAACACGCCAAGUCGAGAGAGCGUUUCUUGCAAUACAUGAGGGGAAAUAUCGAUUUAGAAGCGUACGAAGAACACGAAAGACGAAAACGAGACGCGGAGCCCGAGGCCGCCGGAGGCGCUGAGAUUGACUUCAGGUCGUACGAGUUCGCCGCCAAACGGGGCUCCAAGAAGAAGAAGCCCGCCGCCAAGGCGGAGGACGGCCACGGGUCGGAGUGGGCGGGGCCGGCGCUGGAGAAGCUGGUGCGCGAGACGCGGCUGCGCGUGCGCGCCACGCACCACUACUGGAGCCACCUGCCCGCGCUGCUGUGCAGCCCCGCCAGCGUCACCAGCGCGCCCUGCUUCAACGGCACGCACAGCGCCAGCUAUACGUUGAGUUCGGCGGGCGAGGGCAGCGAAGCGCUGGCCGCCAACCCAGAGGUGCGCGGCGCGGCGCGCGCGCCCGCCGCCGUGGCGCGCGCGCAGCUCGACGCGCUGCCCGCGCUCACCGCGCGCCUCAAGGACGCCUACAACGGCGUCGAAGUGCAGUGGAAGGACGACAGUGAUUCUCUGGCGGCAGCGGAGUCGCAACUGCACUCGCUGACGGAGCCGGGGUCCGGCUCGGGGUCCGGCGACGACGCCGACGAGGACGGCCGCGACCGCCUGCCCGACGACGACGAGGACCGCGACCCGCCCACAGACUAUCCUGAAGGGUCGGGUGAGGGUCCGCGUCGGGACGACGAAGACUCGUUGGAGACGGAGGUGGAGGAGCCGGCGGGCACCGCGCGGCCCGCGCUGCCGCCGGGCGUGGUGGACAGCCCCGGGACCAACAACGUGCAGGUGCGCGGGCACGUGGCCGCGCCGCCGCCGCCGCCGCCCGCGCCGCCCGCCGCCGGCGCCGCCGGCGCGCGCGCUCGCCCCUCGCUGCAGAAGGCGCUCUUCACCUACGCGCUGCCGGUCGUGUGCGCGUGGUUCGGCACCAUCAUCACCGACUUGAUAUAACCGCACCCCUCGUUACUUCAAUGUUGGACUUGUUAGU